AUGACCAAACAAGAAGACUCGGCGUCUUUUGAAGCAACAACGGGUGGUCAGAUAACUUCGAAACUGGCGGACUUAUCGGAGCGUCCUGGCCACAGAUUCAAGUCGAUGGGUAAACCCAAGAGACAGCGAAACCGGACCCCCAAGAGCUGUGUUCAGUGUUCCAAGCGUAAGAUUUUUUGUUCAAAGGAGAGACCGGCAUGCAGCAAUUGUAUCAAGUACUCGGUGGGCCACUUGUGCACGUAUGCCAUGCCGCCAUGGGCUGAGGCCGCGAGUGAUGGUUUGUCAAAAAAGAGUAACGCGGUGGGUUCAAAUGUAGUGGGUCCAAAUGCAGUGGGUCCAAAUGCAGUGGGUCACAAGACAAUGGGUCAGCCACUGGGACUGAGCUGUUCAUCUACGGCAACGGUGAAAAUCGAGCAAACAGACGAGUAUCGACAGCUCAAACAAUCCAAUGGAAAAGUGAUUGUGACGCAGCGCAAGGAAAUCGAUGAUUUGAAACGACAACUAUCGGUACUCCAGCAAUUGUCUCCCCGCAAUACACCUAACCAGCAAAGCUUUUCUCAAAUUGGAUCGAUUCCAAUCACGGUGUUGAGCAAGAUUAGCCCUCUCGCGAGCACUUAUUUGGCAAACAAGUUGGAAGUUUUAGGAGACUACCGCAUCAGCUCCAUCGCCAAUUCCAUAAACCCGUCAAAGUCCUCCUACAUUGAUACCUACUCGUGGAUCAACUUGGUCAAGCUAGAUCCCCAGCUCACCACGCUUUGGUAUCGCAUUACCAACUUGCAGAAAAUGUACCACAUGUACAAGAUCAACAUGUUGAAUAAUAGCCAACAAAAGAGACAAACAUCCCCGUCUCCAAACGAGGAGCAGCACCUUCAACCUUUAAAAAGGAAGCAAAAACAAAAACAAACAUACAAUAGCAUCAAGAGCUCACGCAAAAUCAACGAAGUUGAUUUCACUUGUUCCCUUCAGCCUUCGCCGCUGAGUUUGGUGGAUUAUUCGAAACCUGGCCGACAGGUGACACCAGCGCCAGAGCUGCAACACCGAUGUCCCGUUGUCGAAUGUGAUUUCAAUUUCAUGGCUGAGGAGCAGCCCUUGUCAGCACCAAAUCUAACUCCUAGGUCGACCAUGUCGCCAAAGCCAUGCCUCAAACUAGAGGAAGUGAAACCAACAACAACAAUACAAAAUCUGUCGACGAUGAAAAGCAGACGACUACAUGAAAAGAUCUUUACCAUGUGGGACGCAAUGGUGUCGUUACCGAGAGGCAACACGAAACUCGACAUUCUACAAAUUUAUUUUCUCUUGGAUUACUAUUACAAAAGCAAUAUUGAGAGUCGAAGCAUUUUGGUUUUCUACAAAUUUGAUAUCCAAUCUGUGUUUAAAAAGAAGUUUAAUGAUGGAAUCGAGUUAAAUUUGUCUCCAGUUUUUGACGAAGAGCUUACCAAUCAGGUGCAAACGACGGGAAUCUUUCUUUCAAUGCUAGUUUUGAUCAUCGAGGAGACCUUGCAUGAAUUGAGAGAGCUCGUGAGGGAGGGCCAAUUGAGAGACAAGGACACGAACCAGCAAAAGGAUAAUGACAGCGACAACAAAAACAUCGAUAACGACAACAAUAAUAAAGACAACCAGAACCAAAACAUCAAAGACUUGUGCUCGCAAUUUGAAGAAGUGUUUCCUAAUGAAAUUCCAUUGCUUGGGCUCGGCUCGAGGCACAACAACUUGUUGCUCAUGGUUCAAGAUUUGUUAGCUCAAUAUGAAGGCGAGGAAUCCCAAAAGUCAAUCUCGUACUGCGCAUUAGUCAUUAUUCUAUUGAAUCGAGAGAUUGACGACUAUCGAAAACCCGGUUCAAUCAUUGACACCAAAAGCUCCUUCACGCACAUAUUCACCAAUUUCUUGCAUCUACUAUUGAACGAGUCAUUGGAGAUUUGGAAAGACCCAGAGUUGAUUGACCUCACGUCGCACUACAAAAAGCGCAAAAAGGACCUCAGGUUGCACUUUUGUUUUCUUUGGACCAAUGUUGUGCGGUUGAGCAAUUUGGUCAAUUUAAACUUCAUUCCCUUGAUCAAACACUCCAAAAAUUUGGAUGGCUUGUUGAAGAAAAUGUACCAAAAGAUUGAACAAGUUGACCUGUUGCAGUAUCACUUGAAAUUUUUGACCAACAAGACUGACGAAAACGAUUUGAUUGUCACGUUGCAUGUGCAUUAUUUGAUUGCCAAUGUGUCGUGCUCCCUAUGCCACGGUACCAUGAAUUUGGGUUCCAACAAACUAACUGUAAACCACUUGGUGAGUCUAAUCAAGCAGUGUGAAACGUGGUGUCAGGAUUUCGGAGUCGCCAGGAUAGCAAGCAAGUUACGGAAAUUUGAGAUUUUGAUUACACUCGAGUAUUUGAGAUGCUUUAUGACUUAUAUCAUGAUGUUGCAAAGUGAGGAAAACCACGAUUCAAUGAUUAUGGCUAGCGCAGUUGCGCCCGAUGUUUUCCACCGUUUAUUUCAUUUGAUUGAGAAUUUGAAUAAAAAGGACAACUCCAACGUGACUCACAGCAAAUCCCAGUAUUUAUACCUGGUAAUAACGGAAGUAUUAACUCGACUGAUUCAAUUUGUUGUGGGGUUGAUUUUGAGAGUGCGGGACUCGCCGCAGCAAGCCCCGGGCUUGUUGAAACUAACGUGCGAUAGCCUUGUGAUGAAAAACGGCGAAAUUGUGACACCAACUCAGUUUAUCAGCAAGCUUUCAGGUGAAGUCAAUAGCGUGAUUAAUAGUUUGACGGGCGCCUUGUUCAAGAAAGAGCAACUUUCUAAGUUGGUUAAAUUGUGGAAAUUGUAUUCGACAUUAACCAAGGAUUUCAACUAUGCCGCGUUCCACACUGGACUACCGGGAUUCAGCAAUGAUGGUGGCGCCGCCAGCAAGAAUGCGGUUGGUGCCGCGUCUGCGUGUCCCGUAUUGCACACGGGAAAUGUCAAUGUGCAGCUGGCUUCAACCACCAAGGGCAUUCCAUCACUUAAGCAGGAGCUCUCAUCGUGCCCCGUGGUUGGUCAUGGACAGUAUGCUAGAUCAACCGCGGCGGCCACUUCACACGCUUCAUCCGUAUCUAGUGGUCGAGUAUUCUCAAAAUGUCCCAUUUCACAGAUAACCACCCCGAUGAAUGACGAUGACGAGACUAUGAAAAUAUCCACUUUGGCUCCGCCGCCAUUGCAGGCGCAAUUUAAUAGACCUUUAACAGCAGCGGCCACUGCCAACACCACUAUUACUACCACUACUACCACCACUUUACCACGACUGCCUUCUCAUGCAUCGACCAAGAAGCAGAAAAAGUGUCCCUUUGAUCAUACAACUUUGAUGAGGCCCAAUUUAUACCCAAACCAGAUCGAGUCUAGUGUCAGAAGAAAUGGCAAUACGCCUGUGGGAUCUCCUGCGGCCUCAGUAAAUGCUUACAAGCCCCACACCCCGACUCCAUUGAAUGCCGAGGUGUCGAACGUGCCUGCAUUACCACCUUUGUCACCACCCCCGUUAACAUUACCACCACCUCCUCCACCGCCAUCACAGCAAACAAUGCCAAGGCUUUUCACUGCAACUGAAACCGAGAAGCAAGCAAUUGGUGGUGCUGCUGCGAUGAGCAAUGAAUUAAACAGCAACAACGAUCCAGUGCAGCAGAAUACUGGGUUGCCAGAUUUGAAUGAAACUAACUUGGAUAUGCUUAUUCAAUUCAAUGAUUUCGACUUGGACUUUUUGGCUAGUGAGAAUAUAUUCGAACACUUUAGCGGCGACAUGGGGAGUAUCAUGCCUGGAGCUGGGGACUCUGCUGAGCCGAGCCUCGGUGGAGUCGGUAGAGAGAACCCAGGCACAGGUAACGGAGUCAAUGAGACUUUGUUCAUGGGUGAAAUGGGCAAGUUUGGUGGUGCUUCUACAAACAUCGAAUCUUUCUUUCAAUAG